UUCAAUUUAUCUUAAUAUAGUCUGAUUCCAUUGUUUAAAAGAAUUAAUUUACUGCGUCUCUUCUUUCCCAAUUCUAUAUCUCCUCAAUUCCAAAUUCGCACCUCCCGAUUUGGUCUGUUUGGGGAGCUCCGCGCUAAUCAGUUUGUGGGGUCAGUUUGCACUUCGAAUUUCGUUUUGAAACGGUUGCUAGAACCUCUAUUCACACCUUUCAUAGAGGUCAUUUUGAUGAAAAUGAUGCUUGAUACCUAUUCACAGAUUUUUAUUAUUUCGAUUGUGCUCUUCCUAAUUCCAUAUGCUUCCUCAGUGUUAAACUCAAAUUCAAUUGACUGGUGUGAAUAUUGGGCACGGGUUGCUAAUCAAAAUGAGUUUUUGAAGACUGAUCGGCCAGAAUGUACAGGAUAUGAAUUGCCAAGCGGAUUGAAGAGGAGUGAUACAUUCUCCUGUUCCAAAACUGAGAUCUACCAUUGCCUGGACUGUGAGCCAACGUGCCACAAUCUGAUUCCAAAAUGUCGGAAGGUACGGCGAACGUUUGCGACAGUAUUCACGAUUCGCGACACCAGAGUACAGCGUAGUGUUCAGGAGCAAUGCAAUAAGGGAUGCGUCUGCAAAACUGGACUCGCAAGAAAUGCAGAAGGAAAGUGCGUGACACUUCGGGAAUGUGCAUCUCAGUCCCCACCAAAAAAUGAUUCAAUUAAAGGAGACGAGGAUGAUGGAACUGUUAUGAAAACUGUGAAAAAGAUGGUUCCUGUAAUUGUCAACGAUGUCUGGAAGGCUCUUUUCAACUCGAUUAGUACUCCUGAUUCACCAAGUAACAAAUCUUCAACAAAGACAGAUAUCAUAACUCCUGUUCUCACACCAGUAGAUCCUGAAUCAAAGAAGAUGAACAUCAGUUUCCCUUCACCACGAGCUUCAGAAAUUACGGACGACAAGCAGCAACAGAAAGGAUUUUAUAUUGACUAUCCAUAGGGAAAUUAUUGGACAAUAACAAUAUUCUGAAUUAAACAUCUGGACGAAUUCAGAAAUCCUCGAGUAAAUUAUAUUAAUUAAUGUUGUAUUAUACCGUUAAUAAAUUUUUUUCA